CAACGGUUUCCUUAAAAACUUUGUCUGAUCAAAUUUGAAUUAGAUAAAUACAUUAAAUACUUUGAAACUUGUAAAUACGAUAAUAUCUUCUACAUUAUUGAUCAGAAAUAGGUUUCAAACUCACCUUUGGAAAUCGAGCAUAGAGGGUCAAUUGAAAAUACGCUGACUGUCCCUUUAAGUUUUAUCUAUUAAAAUGUUCUUUAAAUGCACUUUUAAAUAGAAAUAAACUCUGAGAAACUAACUGAAGAGAUGUCUGAAGGAAGUCCCCCUGAAGAUGACUCUAGUAAAGAACCUUCUGAAGAUGUAACUGAAGCUCUGGACGACUCUGUGAAACCAAAGCUGACUAUAUUAAGAUUACGGCAAGAAGAGAGUUUUGAAUCCGAGUUUUUACCCCAGGUGUCAGAGGAGGAACUAUUAAAGAGUAGAGAACUGGGAGAGAGAAAAAACAAAAAGAAAAGUGAACUGGUAGUUGAGCUGGAAGGGCUCUCCUCUAAAAUUGAGCAGAAGGAAAAGCUGUUAGAGUCAAAAAGAGUUGAGCUUCGCAAUCUCGAGAUUGAGAUUGAGCUUGAGGUGUACGGUCUGAGGAAGGAAUUUCUUCUACUACAAGAAGAAUUAGCACAUCAUCCAGAACCUGAAAACAAUGAAGCAGAUCUGAAGAAAACUAUUGGGAAAGGAUGGAGAAGUACAGUACUUCAAAGGAGGAUAUAUGGACGGUUAACUAUAUCCGCUAAGAAAGAGGCAGAGGAAUGGGCCAGACAAACUAAACGAUCGUUAGUAAUGGAUAUGAUAAAGCACAGAAAACAGAACUGGAUCUCAAGGCCUAAUAAACAGAAAAGUUUGGAGAAGAAUUGUAAUGUUGAGGCGAAUACGAAUGUGUUGUAUGAGGAACACAGUAAUGGUUACUUAGAACUCCAGACUGAUGUCAAGAUUGUUCCAACCUUUUCAUUCGAACAUAUCAAAAGUCAGAUUGAGACUAAGUGGCGGGAGGAGAUUAAAGCAAAAAUAGAAGAGGUUGAGCAGAAAAAGGAAGCAGAACAGCGUGACCUCGUAAAUAAGCUGGAAGAAGUGCAUACUGCUAAAAUCAACGAAAUGGAGAAUAUUGAGAAAGAUCAUGAAAAUUCUAUCUACGCGUUGAACAAAAUGCUGGAGUUGCUUCAAAAAAUGUGCAGCAGUGAGCGAUCCCUUGAUGAGAAAGCAUACGAGAAAUCAGUGUGGAAAUCAGAGUUUGAAUGCCCGAUCUGCUUCGAGGAAAUGUCACCACCAACUAGAAUUUGGCAAUGUGUUGAUGGACACGCCAUCUGUGAAACAUGUCGGGAGAAAUUGGCAACAAGGUUCUGUCCUUCUUGUUGCAGACCUAUCGAGGGUAGAAACAUGGCACUCGAGAGAAUGGCUAGAUCUCUGUAUGGUUUACCGGAAGUAGAAACAGAAGAUGAUAUUACUGUUCCAAAAUAAACGAUAUAAAAGCAUCUCAUUUACUAUCUAUUUCCUUUACUGAAGGGUGAAACUAUGCUUGAAUUCACCUUGUAUCAAUUCUAAAGUUUUCUUUGAUGCAUUAAAAUAACUGAU